AUGAUCCGUCACAACUUCUUAAGAACAUCUUUCCUCAUUCGGGGGUUUCAAACAAAUUCUAUUUUAUGCAAAAAUGCCACAGAAGCUGCUGCCCCCAAAGAAUUACCUAAGAUAAAUGGCCAACCUACUAUAUACCAUAAGAAAAGGUCUAUGUCUAAUGUAGAUGGGUACCGUAAGGCCAAAGUAAACCCUGGCUUCUAUUUACAAAAAGCACAAUCUUCACCAACAGGGGCUAUCCACAGUGAAACUAUCCCAUUGAGUUUUUUACCUAAGGAUGAUCCGAGACGUCAGUUUGUGGUUCCACAUUUAAGAAAUAGUGAUAAAGUAUUAGGUGACCACCGCUCUCCUGAAGUUUUAACAGGUAAAAAUGCGUUGUUGAACCAUGUGAAGAGUUAUCAUUUAACCCCUGAAAAAGUAACUGAGAUUAUCAGAUUAAGAAGUUCAGAUCCCAAUAAAUAUACAAGAUCUGUCUUAGCUAAACAGUUUGGUGUGUCACGUUUGUUUAUAUCCUUAGUGGCCAGUGCACCUAAGGAAAGAUUACAAGAAAUGAACCAAAGAUUGAAUAUCAUUCAAUCUAGAUGGGGGAAAGCAAGAAAACAAGCUCGUUUGGAGCGUGCAAAGAGACAUCAGACAUGGUAUCGUGAUCUGUAG